AUGCGCCACGUUUCGGUGCUUAUCGCCCUCACCUUGUUAUCAGCCAUCGGUAAAACUCCCAAUGAACACGUAGGCACGUUGCGCUCUUGUUGCUAUAAGAACCCCCGACGUACAACUCCAUGGCAGAACAGAUAUCCUCGCAGUAGAAGCAAGACAGUCAUAUCUUCAGUAGAGCAAGCGAAAGACACUGAAACCUCCAAGUCCAGAGAAAGAGGGUUGAGAGAACAAAACAAACGCCAAAAUGUCCGUUUACCACGACAUUCACUGCGAAUACUUCCUCGACAUAGACAUGGUCGGCGGCAGAAUCAGGACGUCAAGCAACAACAGCCACGUCAGCUCCUGCAGCAGCGACAGCCACUCCAGCAGUGCGAGUCAGGCCAGCGACGCCUCAGCGGGGAGUGGCUACGGUCCAGACAAGAAGAAGAAGAAGAACAAAAAGAAAAGCAGCUUCUGGAAGCAGUCUUGCUUUCCACUGAACUAGUCGAGAUCUUACAGCAAUAUUCUUGUAGUUUUAAGCCCAUUUUUCUGUGUGUGAUAGGAAGAAUGUACAAAAUGGAUGUUAUGCAUUGAAAGCCGAAGGUCAGGUUAAGUUAUUGCCCUAAGGUGAUCUCAACAUUUGUAUAAAGUAUGUGAUAGCAUAUGUAAGUGGAAUCUGAUUUGAAUGUAUUGUUGUAUUCAUAUUUUUCACUGUUUAUAAUCUGCAUUAUACCAAUGAAUAAUUUAAUAAUUC